CGUUUCUCUGCGUUCCUCAUCAACAAUUCUGCCCCUUCUGCGACUCGGUCACCCUUUUUUCCACCUGCAAUCUCUUACGCUUUCCUACCUCACAUCUCCACAUUAGCCCUUCGAGCCCAAGAUGUUCGGCUCGCGCUCAUCCUCCUCAUCCUCUUCCUCCUCGGAGCCCUCAUCCUCAUCCUCAACCACCCCUUCCUCACCACCGUCAUCAGAUGCUGGCGCCCCUGCCUCCGCUGGCCUAGGCAGCAUGUCCUCCCUCUCACCCGAGUGUACCCCGCUCAAGCAUAAGUACGAUGCCUGCUUCAAUGCGUGGUUCCAGGACUACCUCGGCGUGCCUACCUCGUCAUCCACCUCUGCUGCUGGUGGUGCUGCUGAGCCCGCAGCGAAGCCGAGACGGAGAGGUUUCUUCGGCGGAGGAGGAGGAGGAGAUAGCGAGUCAAUAGCCACAACGGGAGGAGCAGAAAGAGAUGCGGUAGCCAGGGAAGGGAAGCGCAAUGAGCUCGAGGAGAAGUGCGGAGCUAUGUUCCGGGAAUAUCAGGCUUGUGUGAAGAAAGCGCUCAAAGAGAAGGAUCUCCUACCUCUGCUCUCCCAAGCAAGAGAGUAUAACCCUUUCCCCUUCCCAGCCCAAUCUAGCGGGGGGAAGGCGAGUUCAGAAGAUCAUGGCAACUCACCUUUCCCUUUUGCGGCGGCUAGUAAGGAGGAGAGGAUGGAUUGGGAGAGGAAGGAAGGGUGGUAG